GUGGGCCUUCUGUUAUCUUCCCCGCACGCGUUGCGUGGGCGGAAAUGCGGUACAGUUCGCAGCCAAGGCGUGGCAGCACGUUCCCUGCAAAUGCGCCGCAAACAAACUCACUCGAAAAAUGGGGGCGCGCGGGCUGCGCGGGCUCCCCAGCGCAGCUGUCAUCCGUACAGUAAUAUGACGUAUCCCCCUCCUGUCACAUGACCUCCUUACAGUAAAAACCCAACAUGGCAGCGGCGGCAGGAGCUCUCCCACUGUAACUACACCAACGUUUCCACCAACGGCAGCACGAGCGCCGUACGGGCCAGCCGCUCCGCCCGCACCGCAGACAUGAGGGAGAGACAGAAGAGGAAGAAGGGCAGGACGUGGGCAGAAGCUGCCAGAACGGUACUGGAGAAGUACCCUAAUACCCCCAUGAGCCAUAAAGAGAUCCUCCAGGUUAUCCAAAGAGAGGGGCUGAAGGAAAUAAGAAGUGGGACCUCACCGCUGGCGUGCCUGAAUGCAAUGCUGCAUGCCAACUCCCGCGGGGCCGAGGGGAUUUUCUACAAAGUACCUGGCCGCAUAGGAGUCUACAUGCUAAAGAAGGACGUCUCGGACAGCGCAAAAGAGCUGUCAGAGGAGGGAUCAGAGGAGAGCAGUGACAACGCCUCCGACUCCCAGAGCACCGAGAACGGCAGCAACUCCAACACCAAGGAGAGCGGGAAGGGCAAGUGGAGGAGGAGAGUGCCCUCCAAGCUGUCGCCGCAGCCCUCCUCGCCCCAGUCGCGCUGCACCUCCCCCUCUGUGCCUGCCACCAAGCUCAUGUCCUCGUCGCAGAAGCACAGCAAGAAGGCCCUCAAACAGGCCCUGAAGCAGCAGCAGCAGAGGAACCAGCGCCGGCAAGGUGGCGUGUCGUCCAUGUCGAACCCACGGCUCGUCCUCGGCACUCCUAAAGACAUGGCAGAGCCCAUGAGCGCCAGAACCGCAUGGGAAGUGAAACAGUCAGCCCGGCGAUCCACGAGCCCACAGAACUCCUCCAGCUCAUCCUCUUCUUCUUCCUCAGUCAAGACAGACCCCUGUCCCUCAGCCAGCACCAGGAAAAUGUCCCAGAGGCCAGACCGGCUUUCUGCACGACAUCUGAAACGCACCAAGUGUGCAGAGAUCGAUGUGGAGACGCCGGACUCCAUCCUGGUAAACACCAACCUGCGACCGCUGAUGAACAAGCACACCCUGUCACUCCUGCCCCCGGAGUGUCAGCAGCGCCUCCUGAGGCUGCUCCCGGAAGUGGACCGGCAGACCUGCGCAGAUGGACAGCUGAAGCUGAGCAGCUCCGCUCUGAACAAUGAGUUCUUCACAUCAGCAGCACAGGCCUGGAAGGAGAGACUAGCAGAAGGUGAAUUCACCCCCGAGAUGCGACUGCGAAUCCGCCAGGAGAUCGACAAGGAGAAGAAGGUGGAGCCGUGGAAGGAGCGCUUCUUCGAGAGCUACUACGGCCAAAAUUUGGGACUGACCGUUGAAGAAUCCAGAGUGCUGAUGGAAGCUGCUUCCAGUGAAGAUCCAACCCAGUCCCACUCCACUCUGCCUCCCUGUCAGCAAGGGGCUGCAGCAAGUGAUGCUGCGCAGAUCGAAUCUGAAAAAAGCCCUUCAAUCACUAUGAGUUCGAAGUCAGAGGCAACGGACAAGGAAGCAGCCGCGGAGCAAACCGUUAAGGCAGAUCAGUUGCAGGCGCCUGCCGAACCCGAAUCUGAAACUCCUAGCGUGGCAUCGCCAAACAUCAUGACCACUUGUCCCCCUGUCGAAAUGGAGGAGGCCACGGCUAAGGUGUCGGCAGCGGAACCAGAACCAGAGCACAAAGGUACAGAGCAAGUGCAGCUCUCCCCUCGGGACGUGCCGAAGACGUCUCCACGUGGAGAGGCUCCUCCUGCCGAUCAGCCCAGCAGAGAACUCAUAGGGAAGACGCCAGAAACCGAGCACAUGGAGUCAGAGGUGACUCCCGAGCUCCUCAAAAGGAAGUCAUCUAUUGAAGAGGAUGCAGCACUAAGCCCUGAGAAGAAGCCACGUGUCUCAGAACUGCCCCCAAGAACACCACCAGAGGUCAAAGCACAUGACACAUCUCCGAGGGUGCCGCCACUCAAGAUUCCUGUCUCAAGGAUUGUACAGGUACCAGCAGCUGCAGGCCAGGUCUCUCCCAGAUCCCCCUUCCCAGCGCCUAUGCCAAGCCCCGGUCGCCCAGGGGCUCGCACCUUAGCCGACAUCAAGGCCAAAGCCCAGCUGAGGAAGGCCCAGAGUGCUGCAGCGGCGGCAGCAGCUGCAGCUGCUGUAUCCUCUUCUGGUGGAGCAGUGCCCGGGCCUGGGCCAGGGGGAGGAAACGGAGCUUCUCCCGGGAGUGCGCCGAAGGGAGGAUUUUCAUCUGGCCAUUUGGUGUCCCAGACUAAGAGUUUUUCCUUCUCAAAUGAUGGCUCUCAAGCCCAGUUACAACACAGUGCCCCAUCAACAGACAGCGCCAGUAAGGCAGCUGCACUCAUCAAGUCAAACACUACGCAAGCCCCCACCAGCUUGUCUGCGAGCUCAUGUCUGAACAAAGACCCGCCAAAUGUACUGUUAGCUCCUGUUGAAAAAGAAGUUCAGAAGUUGGCUACAGGGCAGUUGAGCACAAAUCCGGUUUCAGGAAUGACGGGGUCACAAACUGUACAAAAGCCAUCAGACAUUUCGGCAGUUCUUGAAAAGCAAAAAGCUUCCCAUGCAGCCUCCGUGACAGACAUCGUUCCGCAUUGGAGUAGGGGCACUCAUCCUGGGAUUUUCCCUACAGCCCUGACUGCACCUGGAGAAAAAGCCCUGGAGCACACUCUGGCUGGAGUGUCAGAUGGAAAGGCCGGUUCCUCAAUAACUUCUAAUAACCCCCUGGUUGCUCAGCUCCUCCAAGGGAUCGAAGUCCCUCUUGAACAGAUUCUCCCAAAGCCGCUUACGGAGUCCCAGCCCACGAUGGUACCCUCUAGCGAUAAAGGGAAGUCAUCUGCCUCUGCCUUGGGUGGUUCUGCCGCAAGCAACGAGAGUCAAUUAGCCGCUGGUGUGGGAGCCGUUGAUAAAACGAAACAAUUAGUUCCCUGCCAGCUGGUCACAGCUAGAGCUGCUGCCCGGGAAUUCUCUCAGCAUCCAGGGGAAAUGCUCACCAAGGCCACCCAGGAGCAGAUCCUACAGACUCUAAUGCAGAGAGCUCACAGUCAGCAGCUGGCGCCUGAGCCACAGGCUGCAUUGAAGGAAGCAUGUCUACUGAGGAACCCCACCGAGUGCCACAACGCAUCCAGAUUUGCUGUGGGUUUCUCGGGCCGAAAGAGGAUGUCCAAUCCAGCCAUGUCGGGGCAUUACCUUCUAAACAUCUCCACUUAUGGCAGAGGAUCUGAGGGCUGUAAGAGGGUUGUUUCUACAAUGCCCACCAUUUUAGCCAACCUGAAGAAGGAGUACACAGAGGGUGAGGAGACUCCAGACUGUGAUCCAGCAAGGGGGCAUCAGUAUUUAAGUGGAGCAGACCUUCCUGGAGUCAAGGUUGAACACCAGGGGCCUCCAGAUGAUCCUCACAGGGGAAACUCAGAAGGGACACUUGACUCCCAGCAGCAAGAAAAGAUCAAGUCUGAGUUUCCAUCACACAGACACAUAGCUGACAGGGAGGAAGUCGGAGCCCAAACAAUCAGCACCAUCGCUGCUUUAAGAGCCAAAGAGACAGAGCAGGUUCCCCAGCCGUUAACGGGUCACCCUGCCCUUGGCAAUAGUUCACACAAUAACUCAACGUCAGUAAUGCCAGAGCCAUAUCAAUUGCAGAUCCAUGCGACUACAAACACCCACCACAGUUCGACUUCUACCCAACCUAUGCAGAAAACACAGGAGAACCAGGGCUCGUUCAGCCAUUCGCUGAAGCACGCUUCCGUAGGCGCCGGCAGCCCGCCCAGCUACAGCCCAGUCUCCAGCGGCAGCGGGAGCGUGAUGUCCUUCUCCGUGACCGUCACAACCAUACCAGCAAGCCACAGCGGCCACGGGGAAGCGGCAUCCUUGCAGGCCUUCGAUGAGGGCUCCAGCCUAGAGGACCCGCCAUCCAACUGCUACUGCCGCCUAAAGGCCAUGAUCAUGUGCAAGGGCUGCGGGGCGUUCUGCCACGACGACUGCAUCGGCCCUUCCAAACUCUGCGUCUCGUGCCUGGUUGUGCGAUAAGAUCCUUCGCUAACGGUUCAACCGGCUCUUUAGAGAAUGAACAGGCACAGGAAGAAACCGCCACGGUCAGAGGUGGUCCUGAAGCGGACGGAAGUUGAGCACCUUGCUCUCGUCUUGAGUCACUCGUGUUUGUGAAUCGUGACAAAAAUUUUGCACUUAGAAUAAUACAUUUAUUGCACAAUAUUUUGUUAAAAGUAAAAGGAAGAUGAAAAAGAAAAAUUACAGAAAUAUUUUUUUAGAAAAAGGGGGUCAUUUCUCCAAUGGACAACCACUUCCUUUUUAGCGGACUGUUUGCAUAAGUUUCCGCAGCACACGUUUUUACUGUAGAUACCAGGUGUGGUUUGUGUGUGCAACGAUGGCGCGUAGCUGUGUCGCUAUACUGGCUGUUGUAGCGGGGAGGGCGCUGUGCUGGGUGCUGUUGUACCAGACGAAAGUAGCAUAUUGAUGUGGACAAUCUCCAAGGUAAUGGGAUUUCAAGUGGAAUCUUGUAGCUGCACACGGUGGUUGCCAGCUCUUCAUGAGCAAUCCUGCAGGCAGCAGCGAAGUGUGAGCGGAGUCUAGAGUACCGAGGAAACCUGUCGAGCUAACAGCGUAUCCGCUGUGGCAUCGGGUGCCUUGAAAGGGAGAUCAGUCGAGUCCUCGUAGCUGCUGUUGCAGGAAGGGUGAGGAGUACUGGCCUGCAAGGAGUGGGAACGUCCAUCCUUCACUCACCAAAUUCUCCCACAGCCAAAGGGAUGCUGGGGUGCAGGAGCUAUGGAUGAGGCAUCACUCCCAUCUGCUCCUUUCACACAAUCAUCCAGAGCAUCAGCAUCAUCGUAGAAGUACAGCUCUUCUUUCCCCGAACAGUUUUUUUGACUCUACAGGUUUUUUGUCUUAUAUCGCCCACCUCGACCCCAGAUUGUGGCUACAGUUGUUUACUGGAUCCAAAUGUGCAAUAAGGAAACAUUACGGAGCACAGGUACUAAACCCUGCGUUAAUACUAGCUUAAUGUUCACGACGUUCCGCCAAAUAUUCUAGGCUUGUCUCCCAAGUGUGAUGAUCAUCGUUUCAGUUAAUCUGUUUUCUUAAAGGAAAUAAGUUGAUCAUGCAGUUGUGCCUCAUUGUGUGGCCACAUCUUGAUUUUGCACAUACUUCACUAAAGAAUUAUUCACGCACGUUGCUCUGCAGGUAAUAAUGGAUUUCUGACAUACAAUCAGAUAUUAUAAUUUGAUCAGUUAUGUUACUCCCCUUUAAUAGCUACCACCCUGUUGUUGUUAACCUGCUGAUUUGCUUCAGUUCUGUUUCUUUGGCCUCAGUAAGUUACAUGGGGUUGUCAAGUCCUCUCGUGAAAUCAUCAGUAGAAGGUCUUCAUGUUCAUCAUUUGCGUUGUAAUUGUAACUGUAUCGCAGUUUCAGACAUACUACGCUUGCUGUGCGGAGCUAAUGAGCGCGACCCAGCAUGCAGACUGAGCCCAAGCUGCCACUGUUCACCGCGGUAGGGUGGGACCUGGUAUCGUGUGCGUAAAUGAAACUCUCAUGGCAUCGAUGUGUUUUCGUGGGUGACAGACCAGGCAGCAGGAUGUGAACUUGUCGGAUGUUUCUCCGAAGGAUGUCGUACGCGCCGAAUUUGUUGGCAGGAAGUUGAGGUCCUUCCUUUGUGUAUUGGCCCCAUAUUCGUACAAGUCAAUGCUGAUGGUUCCCUGACACGCAUUAUAGAUUUAGUUUCAUCUCUUAAAUAGCUUUAUGUCUUUAAAAUCACUGUAUGAACAAUUACAAUAGGUUGAAUUUGUUGUUUUUGCUAAUUUGUUACUUGAACGCCUGGGAAAUAAUUCGGAAUUCGGUGUUUCUAGUUUUUUCUUUCAGAAUUUUAUUAAUUUUGUCUGUUGUGAACAAAUUUAUUACCUAAUGUUUUUACCCCUCCUCAUUUGAUUUGCCUCAGUUUUAUAUGUGAUGGAAGUGACAGACAGGCUUUUAAGUGCUGAUGUUGGGACACUGAAAUGUAUAAACAUUAAUGUUUUGAAUUCCAUUGUAUUGUGCUGUAAAUGUACAUGGGAUAUAAUUUUGAUAUAGGUAACAAAAGUAAAAGCAUUUAUUUAAUACCCUUAGUAGAAAAAGUUAUGGUCACCAUACUAAAUAAAUCAGUUAUAUGAGCAGUUGUAUUUAGGACAUUUCUAUCAGUAAUUUUGUUAUACCAAAGCCACCCUCGAAAAAAAUAGUUGUUUAGAUUUUGUUUAAACAUUUGAA